UCCGGUCCCGGCUCCCGCCUCCGCCCCUCCCGCGCUCACGAGGGAGAGGCGGGGGGCAGCCCGGGACCCACGCGGCUCAGCCAGCGGCUGACGCACCUUUGAAAAGUUUCGUUCCGACCUUCUCACGACCUACAUUCUUCCCGGGCACUCCUGAGUUUGAGCCGGGCCCGGAGGACCUGGGCCAAGACUUUCGAGCGGCGGCCGCCCGCAGGGCGAGGAGCCGGCCUGGCUUUCCUCACGGGGUACCGCGCAGGCGUCCCCGGGACCGCAGCGCAAACUUUCUGGACUGUCUGAGGACACUUGUCCAGCGAGCCCCACUGCUCAGGGAGGAGGAGCCACGGCCGGGAACAGAUUUUUAAAGUCUUCUUCUAGGGGUUUCCAGCAGAGCCAAAUGUGAGAGAAAUCUUUCCGCUUCUCUGAAGAGUGAAGUGAGCAAAUACAACCCAGCAGUAGGUUAUUGAAGACAGCAGCCCCAGGGUUAAAAGUCAUCUACAUGAGAAAAGAAGAGCAGUUAUGGCAGCAUUAGAAGGCUCUCCUUUCUAAUGUAAUGCCAAGAAUGUCUGAGUCAUGCAGAAUUGGGAUGGUUUUGGAAGGUGACAAUGAAAUGUGAAGAAGUUACAUUUCUCAAACUUGAAAGUUAGUGACUGCUUACCAAAUUUUAAUGAAAAUUAAAUAUGACUUAGAAGCAUUGAUUUAUGAAGGCUUACGAUGUCAUCGGUUUCGACAGAAAGCAAACUCCAGCAGGCUGUGAGCCUACAGGGAGUUGACCCAGAAACAUGCAUGAUUGUAUUUAAAAACCACUGGGCACAGGUUGUGAAAAUCUUGGAGAAGCAUGACCCCUUGAAGAACACCCAGGCAAAAUAUGGGUCUAUCCCUCCAGAUGAGGCCAGUGCUGUGCAGAAUUAUGUAGAACAUAUGCUCUUCUUGUUGAUUGAAGAGCAAGCCAAGGAUGCUGCAAUGGGGCCAAUUCUGGAAUUUGUGGUCUCUGAGAACAUCAUGGAGAAACUUUUCCUUUGGAGCUUGAGAAGGGAAUUUACUGAUGAGACUAAAAUCGAGCAGCUAAAGAUGUAUGAGAUGUUGGUCACCCAGUCUCACCAGCCUCUGCUGCACCACAAACCCAUUCUGAAGCCUCUGAUGAUGUUGCUGAGCUCUUGUUCAGGAACAACCACCCCCACUGUGGAGGAGAAGCUGGUUGUCCUACUCAAUCAGCUCUGUUCCAUUCUUGCCAAAGAUCCAUCCAUUUUAGAACUCUUCUUCCACACUAGUGAAGACCAAGGCGCUGCCAACUUCCUCAUCUUCUCCCUUCUGAUUCCCUUCAUUCACCGAGAGGGGUCAGUAGGCCAGCAAGCUCGGGAUGCAUUGCUCUUCAUCAUGUCUCUCUCUGCUGAGAACAGCAUGGUGGCCCAUCACAUCGUGGAGAACACCUACUUUUGUCCAGUACUUGCAACUGGGCUCAGUGGUCUCUACUCUUCCCUGCCUACAAAGCUAGAAGAGAAAGGCGAGGAAUGGCACUGCCUUCUGAAAGAUGACUGGCUUCUACUUCCUUCUCUUGUCCAGUUCAUGAACUCCCUGGAGUUUUGCAAUGCAGUCAUACAGGUGGCUCAUCCCUUGAUUCGAAAUCAGCUUGUCAAUUACAUUUACAAUGGAUUUUUGGUACCAGUCUUGGCUCCUGCUCUCCAUAAGGUGACUGUGGAAGAGGUCAUGACCACAACUGCAUAUCCGGACCUUUUCUUGCGUAGCAUCUCCGAGCCAGCACUACUUGAGAUCUUCCUCCGUUUUAUCCUAUUGCACCAGCACGAGAAUGUCCACAUCCUAGACACUCUCACGAGUCGAAUCAACACCCCGUUUCGGCUUUGUGUGGUGUCCCUGGCAUUAUUUAGAACUCUCAUUGGUUUACAUUGUGAAGAUGUGAUGUUACAGCUAGUUCUAAGGUAUCUGAUCCCCUGCAAUCACAUGAUGCUGAGUCAGAGGUGGGCUGUGAAGGAGAGAGACUGUUACUCCGUUUCUGCGGCCAAGCUGCUCGCCUUGACUCCUGUCUGCUGCUCCAGUGGGAUCACUCUGACGCUGGGGAACCAAGAGAGGGAUUAUAUUCUCUGGUCAAAGUGUAUGCAUGACACUUCAGGGCCUGUGGAGCAGCCAUUCCCCGAAGCAUUCUCCCAGUCAGCCUGCAUUGUGGAGUAUGGGAAAGCCCUGGACAUCAGCUACCUGCAGUACCUGUGGGAGGCCCACACCAAUAUCCUCCGCUGCAUGAGGGACUGCCGUGUCUGGUCCGCCCUGUAUGAUGGUGACUCCCCCGACCCUGAGAUGUUUCUCCAGAGUCUGAUGGAGGAGGGCAGUGUGAGCUCGGCCUGCCCUGUGUUUGGGCUCCCGCAACAACUCCCCAGGAAGACGGGACCUCAGCUGUCUCCCAGAAAGGACAAGAGCCAGACAGAGCUGGAAUGGGAUGACAGCUAUGACACUGGAAUCUCCUCAGGGGCUGACGUGGGCUCCCCAGGGCCUUAUGACAAUCUGGAAGUUUCAGGCUCCCCGGCACCCAUCGAUCCCCCCAAGCACAUCCAGGAGAUGAAGAAGAAUGCCCUCCUGCUCUUCAAAGGGUCCUACAUAGAAGAGUCAGACUUUCAGGAUGAUGUGAUGGUGUACAGGCUGUGUGCUGAGAAGGACUCUGAGGACGUGAAGGAUUCUCAGGAGGAAGCUGCUAGGCCACCAGCUGAAGCCCAGGCUGAAGUUCAGAGUGUCCCCAUCAACAACGGCCCCCUCCUUAGCACCCAGCCAGAGACAGAUUCAGAGGAGUGCAAUAGGGACAAUUCAGACCCGUUUCACAGUGUGCCCAUGGAGCCAAAGCAAGAGAGGGAACCUGAAGCAGCCCCAGAAUCCAACUCAGAGUUAGCAUCCCCUGCCCCUGAGGCAGAGCACAGCUCUAACCUGACAGCCGCCAACCUGGAGAGCGAGGAUCUCAUUGCCCAGUAUGACCAAAUCAUUAAAGAGCUGGAUUCCGGCGCCGAGGGCUUGAUGGAACAGAAUUACCCCACACCUGAUCCCUUGCUUCUCACUAAGGAGGAAGAAGGGAAGGAAGAAGAGAGCAAAGGAGAAAAGGAGGAGGAGGGGAAGAAGGAGCUAGAAGAUAAGGAGGAUGACUUUGACUCUUUUAUAGCGGAGACGCCUGCUGUAGAGACUGUGCCUUCCCCAUUUGUCGGGAGAGAUGAGGCUGCCUUUGCCAGUCACCAUCCCGUGAGGACUCAAAGCAUCCCAUUCACAGGCCCAUUCAUCAGCGUAGUCCUGUCAAAGCUGGAGAACAUGCUGGAGAACUCUUUACAUGUUAAUUUGCUGCUUAUUGGGAUCAUUACUCAGCUAGCCAGCUACCCCCAGCCACUCCUGCGUUCCUUUCUGCUCAACACCAACAUGGUCUUCCAGCCAAGUGUCCGCUCUCUCUAUCAGGUCCUCGCAUCUGUGAAAAACAAGAUUGAACAGUUUGCUUCUGUGGAGAGAGACUUCCCAGGACUCCUCAUUCAAGCCCAGCAAUACCUGCUCUUCCGUGUGGACAUGUCUGAUAUGACCCCUGCGGCACUAACCAAAGAUCCCAUUCAGGAGGCUUCCAGGACAGGAAGUGGCAAGAACCUUUUGGAUGGACCUCCAAGAGUGCUUCAGCCCUUCCUGACCCACAGAACCAGGGUGGCUGAGGCACCCCCCAACCUGCCCCUGCCGGUGAGGAACCCCAUGCUGGCUGCUGCCCUCUUCCCAGAGUUCCUGAAGGAGCUGGCGGCCUUGGCCCAGGAACACUCCAUUCUGUGCUACAAGAUCUUGGGUGACUUUGAGGACUCCUGCUGUUAGCUUCUUUGUUUUUUUUUUUUUUUUUUUAAUAGAGGUUCUUGUUUUGUAAGGUUUUAGUGUCUUGACUGAAUGUUAAAUGCAAAGCUGCUUACAAAGAUUUCUACUUUAAUGUUACCUGACAAUACUUGAUUUGUGGGGAGGGGAAUUUUCUGUAUCUUUCCUCUCUCUCUCUAGCCGGGCCUUUCCACCUUAUGUUAUAUAUAGAAUGUAAGUCUCAUAAGCUGGUUGCUCCCUUGGCAGUUUUCUUUGCUCCGUUUUUCCUCCUUAUAUUUUUUUGGUUGUCAUUCUCCUAUCCCUUUGAGUUACUCAUCUUGCAGCUCAGAUCACACCGAGCAAAUAUUGGGGUUCAGUGAUCACACCGAGCAAAUAUUGGGGUUCAGGAAGAUUGUACACCUGCAAUUUUGCGAAUGGUCCUGUUGCCUCCUGCAUUUUGGCCUCUGUUUUAUAAAGGAAGAGUAAAGAUGGAGCUCCUCCUGCCUCCAUCACGAAAGCACAUAUCAUCUUUCCCUUUGGAUUUUACUUCCAGGACGUGUGUCAUCCCCAGCGUGUGUUGCCUUAUGGUGCCAGCAGAGCCACUGGUCUCAGCUAUCUGCCUGGGAAGUCGGAUGUCCUUGGAGAGAAUUUGGAAUGCAGAUAAUUUUUCUUAUUUCUUGAGAGCUUACUUUAAUCAGCAUGACACUACCUAAACACUGAAGAUGGCCUUAUAUUAGUAAGAUUUGCACAAAAUUAAGUAUACCUAUGCAAACUGUUACUUUGGUUUUUAGGAGUUUGAUCAGAUGAAGAAGUGAUGGUAUCACAUAUAUAUGUAAGAAGACAACCAUCAUUAUUUUUAUAAGUGUUUUAUAAAAACAAACUGAUUAACUUGUGAAGCCAUUUCAUAGUGGGUUUUUUCAGGGAGGGUAUGCUGGGUGGGAUGGGGACAUAAACUAAAUGCAGCCCAUAAAAACACUGGUCAUUAUUUAAAAUUCUAUUCCCUUUUGCUAAUAAGCUGUACUUUGUAGAGAAACAGGAACUGUACAGCCCACUUCAGGAUCUUGGAUGUAAAUGCAAACAGGCCACCUGGAGCCCUGCAAAGCCAAGUGCCUGCUGGAGACUCACUCUGCAUGGAAAUGCUGGCUUCCGAGUAAUGGGGUUCAUUAGAACGCCCCACCAUGCUGUAUGAGUGUCCCUCUACUGCUUUGCAGCCUGCUCCAAGAGGCAGGAUUAUACUUAGAGCCACAGCCAUGUUAAACCACCACCAAGAGGGGAAAACAGAAUAAUCGUGAGCUGAAAAUGAGACCAUAAACAACUGAUUUUUAUGGAUAUUAAAUUCCACUCCCCUCUAUUUUGGGCCCAGUUCUGCAGGUGCGAAGCAAGUAACGAGCUUGAGCCUGCCUGUUUGGAGGGAAAUUGGAAGGCUCAUCUCUCUGUUCCUUGUGGGCAUCUCUGUGGAGCCCUGAGGGCGGCCACAGGUCUGGUGGUUGUGCCUCAGGAGCACUGGUUUGGUCUUAAUCAGGCCCCUCAUGCACAGGCAGGGCAGUGGCCCCCUCUAUUUUGGGCCCAGUUCUGCAGGUGCGAAGCAAGUAAUGAGCUUGAGCCUGCCUGUUUGGAGGGAAAUUGGAAGGCUCAUCUCUCUCUGUUCCUUGUGGGCAUCUCUGUGGAGCCCUGAGGGCGGCCACAGGUCUGGUGGUUGUGCCUCAGGAGCACUGGUUUGGUCUUAAUCAGGCCCCUCAUGCACAGGCAGGGCAGUGGCGGAAGAACCACACCUGCAAUGCUGUGAAGCAGUGGAGGCCCUUUUGUGCUUCAGGAAUCUUGAAGCAGCUUUGUAUUGAGUGAAUGAGAAAUUGAGAGCUGGCCUGUGAAAUGACAACAGGAGACCUGGCCUGGGCAGGGUGAGCUGUUAGGAACCAGCCUUGCUUUCGUGUUUCAUAGUCCAAGGAAGACACCAAAGGUUCCUACUCACUGUACAUUUCUGUUUGUCUUGACAAAUAGUUUGCUCAGCUGUGGUGCAGCAGCCAGAAGGGAUGAGGCACAGCAGACUGGCCUGCUCCUGGCUUCCUGAUGUCUGGUUGUAUUUGCACAGCCCACAAGUCUCCAUUAGAAAAGAAGGUAGCUUAAGAUAGAGGAACAGUUGAAGAUGGAAGUUCGGCUGUAAUUUAUUAUACUCUAAGUUUGUUUUUGCACAAGUAUUUAUCUUCUUGUUUGGACUUACAAAGUCAUAAAAUGCUAACGCCAUAUCUGGAAAUUGAACUCUUUAGCUUUGUAGUUUGAUUUACACCUUUCUCCAUUAUCUGGUGGUGGUGUUGAUUCUUCUUGAAUCCAUAUUUCUGCAUUGUAGAACACCAUGGUCCCCUUUGUGGAAAGUUUCCUUUGGGAAAAGAUUGAUUUUGUGCCUCUUACUGUUUUUUUCAAUAGGUACUGAAAUAAACUUACUUUAUUAUUUUGUUUUUUUGAGACAGGGUCUUGUGCUGCCUGGGCUAGAGUGGAGUGGUGUGAUCACAGCUCAUUGUAGCCUCAACCUCCUGGGCUCAAGUGAUCCUCCCACCUCAGCCUCCUGAGUAGCUGGGAAUAUAGGAACGUGCCACCACACCCAGCUAACUUUUUGGUAUAGUUUGUAGAGACGGGGUUUCACCAUGUUGCCCAGGCCGGUCUUAAAAGUCCUGGGCUCAAGUGAUCGUCCCACCUUGGCCUCCUGAAGUGCUGGGAUUACAGGUGUGAGCCACUGGGCCCAGCCUGAAGUAGACUUACUUUAAAUGGGGACAGAGAUGACUGGUGUGCGCAGUGACAGGCAGGAGAAUGUAACUUCCCAUGCUGGGGUGCUGGCAGCAAACUCACACGAUAAUGCCAACUUCCUAUUUGGAUUUGGAAACUGGUUCAUGUUUCUGAAUCCAUUACAGUCCUCAGAGGUUUUUGUCCAUGGUUUUGCAAAAUGAAGUCAGAAAAUGGAGCUGGAUGUAGAGAGAAUAGGAAAACCCAUGUGGCUGAGUGAAAUAACUGAGAGUGGGUUACUUAGGGAGUGACAUGGACAUGCCAAAAGAAAAACAGCAGAGAACUGAGUCUAUCCAUGGGAGAAGAGCAAAUCCUGCACGAUUUGGGGGAGUGAACAUUGAUCUAGGCGGAUAUGAAGAAACCAGGGAGUGGGUGGGUGAGAAUGGGAACUCCUUGUUGGGAAAAAUAUCAUUGGCAAUGAAGUAGAAUAUUCCAGUCCUAAAGUAAAUCAGCAAGCCCUUAGAAAUAUCUUUUUUUGUAAUGAGUUGGGGGGAAAAUCUUAAGUAUGUUUGGCAUGCUUAAAGAUAUGGUCCGAGUGUGCACACUUCUCUGUGUUGACAGGCUCCUACACCAGUUGCUGUGCUCCUUGCUGGAAGAAUGUAGGGGAAGAGAAACCGUGGGUAUCGCCCCCUGGCGCAGCCCCUGAGCUGGCAUCACUGCAUCUGGCCUGGGCAGGAAAGGUGAGGGAGCCAAGAGUUCCCGGAGUAUCACAACAUUAACCUCAAUUCAUAAUUCAGGGCCUGACUUAAAGUUCCAGACUGAGUGACUUCUGUGGUUCAAAAUGUAUGAGAGCACUGGGAUAUUUAAAAUUGAUUUUUUGGAAAUGGCCAAGUAAAUGUUUUUUAAAAUUUUACACAAAGAAAUUCCAAGUUAGGUUCAGCCUAAAACGUAAUUUCAUGGCUGGUAAAAUACAACUUCCCAACCAUGAAAUGGGAGUGCUGGAAUAGCCAGUUAGAGAUGUGAUUUUUCUUUACCAUUAGAUACCUCCUUUCCCUGGUAUUUAGAGGAAUUGUGAAGUGGUCCCCAUUUUGUGGAGUAUUAUUUUGGAAAAUACUUUGAUGUGCUCAGGUUGGAGUGGAUGUCUGUCAGGUGUUAGGUAGGAUGCAUUCAGUAUUUUUAUAGGUCAUCAGGAGUACCCUUUCCUUAGCAGGCAGCUUUUAUUUAGGUCAGAUAUAGUUAGUUUCUGUCCAGGAUAAGACAUCAUGGAGCCAGGGUCUUGUCAGGAAAGCAUCCUCUUAUGAACAGAAUCUAGAAACAGGCUACAUGAAUAUUGGGGUUGCCUGUUUAAUUUUGGCAGCUAGUGGGUACUCAGGGUUGAAAGUUGUUUCCAGUGUCUCCAAAUCAGCUUGGCUGUGGCUGUCAUGUGGACGGAUUCCCAGGUCUGUUUGAGAUUUAGGGUUGUGGAUGGGCUGCUCUUCUGAAUCUGGAUCAGCGUGUCUAGGUUGUCUUCUGGAGGGAAGCACAGCCACAGCAGUCUGGACAAAUCAAGUGCUUUAACAAUGGCAUCGUCCUCUGGGAAUAAUCUGUCCUUAAUACAGUUUUCACUUGAUAUAAUAGUUUUGGUAAACUGUCUUUAUCUGGCUGCACCCCCUUUUAAGUAAGCCCUUAACUUUAAACGAUCCCGGCAUGGUGUUCAGUAUCUGCAUAUGCCCCAGUUCUCAUUUAAGGGCAGUUCAAUGUAAUUGCUAAUUACCACCCCUGUAUUUACUGAAAUGGCUGUCUGUCAUGCUUGCCAUUUUUAUGAAACACUUUACUGAAGGUAAGCUAUUAUUGCACAUGCUACUUCAAGUCACUGGCUCAGGCUGGUGUCGUGUGGUUUGCUGCAAAAGGCAGCCUGCUUUGCAGUGUGAGCUCUUCCUGGAAACAGCAGUCUCUUGUAGCUGAUGCCACAUCAGCUUUAAGUCAUUAAGAUGAUAUUUUGGGCCCCUUGUUGCUUCAGCCAUCAGUCUAUAAAUCACACAACACUAAUUCUCCAUCAAGUAACAGCUUAAAACAGAAGACUGUCAAACCAGUUUAUGUUCCACCCUUAAAUCACAUCAUUGAGGAAACAUUGUAAGACAGUGAAGUUGACUCUUCCCACCCCCCCUUCUUUUUGAAUGACCAUUGUAAACCUAAUGCUUUAGAAAGAGCUCUCAGAAGACUAAGAAUGGCUUUUAGGAUAAUUUUGCCUCAGUAAAUCCUCUCUAUAUUCAGGCAUUUAUUAGGCCAUUACUUGUUUUGGGACUACAGAUUAUCCUGGCAGCUCAUUAACUGGAUAAACAGGACUUUAGUGAAAGAUUUUCAGGGGUUCUUUAGGGAAAAGAAUGACCGGGACAAGGUGGGUGGAAGCCUUCAGUUCUUUGACCUCUUGCACCUAGAAUCCUAAAACUGAUCAUGAUUUUAGCUAGGACUGACCUUUCCUAGCUCGUAGGGUCACUGUGAAUUUUGUUCCUGUCUUAAAACGUUUAAGUUAACCUAGUUCACUGUUACCUACACAAGUAAGACGGCCAAUAGGACCUGUCAGCAUGACUUCAACAUGCAUUCCAGGCAUCUUUCGGGGAGUUUAGAUUUACUGUAUCAUUUCAGAACCCAACAAAGGUGAUGGAAGCUCUUAGGCCAGAUUAAAUUUCAUGGAGUGGAGGUUGCAGAAGUCUGUGCUGCUUAUUGUGUCAGCUGACUUUUUAUUGGGACAAGUCUAUGAAAGGCCCACCUGUAACAAGGCGCCUUUUUGCCCUGUGGAUAUUUUAAAAGAGGGAAUUUGGUGUUGACAAUCUUUACUUACACGACUCUUGCUAAGCUAUUUGACUAAGGGUUUCAAUCAGAUGCUUCUCACCUCACAAGCAAGGGUCAGCUCUAUUUGCAAAUAAUCCAUGAAUAUGUUUGUCUAAAACCUGCUGAAGAGGCAUGGCAGCCACUUCCAUGCUGCUUUUGGUAAUGGGUAAAGAAUAUGGCCUUUCAGAUAGAUCUGGUGGCUUUUCCCCAAUAGUCACUAUGUAGAAACUAUGCAACUAAAUUCAAUGGAAAUGAAAGAUACAAUAUAAAAUAGCGGGUCAUGGCCAUAAGCUGUGUCCUGAACUAACCAACUCCAAGCUGAAGGAGGGUGUGUACUUUCCGAAACUUCAAGGCCAUCUUAGUAAUUAUUUUAGCAAUAAUUACUAAAAUGUACGUGGGGUGGGGGAGCUCAGCUAAAAUAUCCUUACUUUGGUGCAAUAAUGAUCUAGGUUCUUUUUCCUAGGCCUAGGCCUACACCUUGAAAGAUAGGAACAGAAGUUCACUUUGAUGUGUAACCCUGGACAGAGAUUAAACAGCUCUUUUCUAGACCCAGAUGACCCAGAAUGUAGAAGCCUAGUGGUUGGUAUCACCAGUGUCUCUUCAAAAGGGCCCCACAAAAGGUUGUCCAUUAAUUUGUUUCAUACAGUAAGUGAGCUUUUACUGAAUAUUCCCUCUGUUAGGUAGCAUGCAGAGUGCUAGGGCUGGCACAUUCCUGCCUUCCCACCAGAACCCUCCAACCUCCUCCCCAGGCAACAGAACACAGGGUUUGGGCCUGACCAGGCAGAGCUGGUUCAAGCCAGCUGGGGGCAGAGCCAGUUUUCCAGCACACUCCCAACUUCUAGUCAGAGCCUCAGCAUUAUAUACCCAGCCUACAGGUGUGUGGAUUCCUGACAGAUGGCAAUGGCAUCACCUGUGGUGCCAACUCAUACAUUUUAAUGAGAUUUCUCCCUGAAGAGUGAACCAGUAGACCAGACUAAACGCACACUCAUGCAAGAAUGUAAAAUUGUAUUUCACUGAGGCCCCUUUACAAGCAGAGCCAUCUUUGUGAAUUUUUUGGGGUGUUAAUGUAAACAUAUCUUUAGAAUAUCUCAUAGGGUUUCAGUCAGAGCUAUGCUUUGGUUUUUUCCUAGCAGCAGUGGUAUCAACUUACAAGGUUUGGCUUUCAGGAUUUCAGAAGCUGGCAUUCGAGACAACAGGCAGUUGUCAGAGCUGAAUGAGAAUCAGCCUGGACAAAUCAAGUGCUUUAAUGAUGGCAUCUUCCUCUGGGAAUAAUCAGUCCUUAAUACAGCUUGCACUCGACAUAAUUUUGGUAAAUGUCCUUAUCUGGCUGCACCCCCUUUUAAGUAAGCCCUUAAUUUUAAAUGGUCUGGAAAGAUCUUCGAUGCUUUCUGUAAGGUUUAGUCACCAAGAAGCCAGAACUUUUGGUGAAAACGGAAUUUAUAAAACGAAACUGAACCUUAUCCUUUCUUACAAAAUAAAGAUCCUGUCAGACUCCAGUCUCAGACCACCUUUGCCCAUUUGUAAUUCAGACUUGCGGAGCGAGGAGAGAACUGCUUCAGCCUUACUGUCUUGUAGAGAGGUUUAGUGAAAAUCAUGUUACUUUAGACCCAGUAGUUUUCAGGACCGCAACAGGAUGUGGGGCACCUGGCUUCCCGGGUAAGGUCACAUAGUCUCUUAAAAUUCUGUCACUAACUAACUUUUUUAAAACACAUUUUUUUAAAAAGCCACCUCCUCAUGCCUGUCCAAAAUGAACCACACAACUGGUUACCUUUCUCUGCCUACCUUUUGGGCUGGGGAAGAGGGGCACCUUUCUCAUCACCCUCAGGGAAGUCCUGAGCAACUGUGCAAGCCAGGAAGCAUGAGUCGCUGAAUUGGUGAUAGAGGGGUGUCCACUUUUUUCUAGUUCCUCAGCUGCUUCUGGAGCAGUGUUCACAAUGGCAAUGUUUUUACUGUCCUUGGUAGGCUACAGGUUCACAGCUUCAAAUCAAGGCCUCCAAGGAUUUUAUUCUCUUACAUCACCGUUUUGACAAGUAUGCUUUAAAAAAACAUUUCCAAAACUGGUCUUUCUUUAAGCGACGUGAGUCAGAGGUAACAAAGGCAUAUACUGAACAAAGGGGUGCUCCGGUGCCGUGGAGAGAACAGUAUUAGGUGUCACAAGCACAGGAGUGCAGACAGCCCUGCCUUCAUCGUGAUGCCUGCAGCGCACCACGAUUAUCAUGAGAGGUCAAGAUUUUGAUUUACUAAUUAAUUUAUAAUCUUAUUUCCGAGCAAAACAAGUCAAUUUCAUGUUACAACCUUUUUCUUGUUUCUUUUUAUCUUGUUUGGCCUGAGGGUUGGGGGAUUUGGGGGAGUUGUCAACUGCACAAUCUUUGAAGUGUAAGUUAAUUUUUAUGUGAUAUUUCAGUAUAUAUUUUAUUGAUUAAAUUUAUUUGAAAACUUA